CUCUCAGGGGCACGCAUUGCGCCUGGUCUUUUCCCGUUUCCAUGGAAACCCUAACCAGGUUGUCCCCGUCCGCUCAAUGUGACGUCACCAAUAUCGAAGGCAAGCGUCACAAUUCCUCCUGUACUUGGAGUCAGUCGAAAAAUAAAGACGGGUGUGUGUUUAACAGGUCUCCCCCUGCUGGUGUGCUCCGUUCAGAGCAGCUCUCUCACCUGCAAAGGAACAAAGAGCUUGAGAACAUUCUGCUGCAGCAAGAGGAGGCGCUAAAUCGUCUCCAGGAGGAGAACUACAAACUGCGACAAUUCCUCAACUCGUCUUUCGAAGGGGAUUCGAAAGACAAAGCUAAAAAGUUGAGUGCCAACAGGACCAAGAAUCUGAAUCGGAGGGCACCAUACCACGUUUGCUCUUUCCAAAACUGUACUCGGCGCCACCCUCACAUCAGCAAGCGCGUUUGUCGAAACCUCACUGCUGAGUUCAGUUCCGCCGAAUCCAGCUCCACCUCUUCCGAGCCCACGCUGGAUCUUUGGGUUCUGAGAACUCUUGGUCUGAAAGACCCUGACACCAUCGACACCUCCUCCUUACCGGUUGCGUACCAGAAAAACUUAGCAGUCUCGCCGGUCGCCCACCAAAUCGAGAGCGACCAGUCAGAUUGCAGCUACGAGAGCGCUGAAGGUCUGCAAAGUUAUCAUGCCAUCAUGGCAUCCACUCCAAAUCACAUCAGUCCACCAUCUGGAUCCCAGUUCUCCGAGGAGACUCACUUAAGCCAAGCUCCUUUCUGCAGUCCGGUCCUGAACUGGUCUUGGACCACACAGAGUCCGUCACAAGUUGGACAGUCUGCAGCUGGACAUCCGGACUUGGCUUUUUCGAUGUCCUUGAGCCCUGCCAGUAGUGUAAAGACCCUCAGCUACCCUCAGGGGCAGGCUUUUGUUCGGAGAGACCCCCAAGGACGCUGUAACUUCACUUGGCUGCCCACAUACAUCCACAGAAAACAGGAUCCUGGAAUUGGACUAUAGCAGGGCGCAGGACCCCAAGACCAAACGUUGAAGGCUACGUCUUGAAAGCUGACUCAAAGACUCUCAUGGCUAACUCACUUAUCGCUAGCUCAGAACCAAUUUGACUUGUGCCUUUUGUUCUUCGAAGGUCAUCAGCUUCAAGCAUCUUGAUUGCUAAGCUAAUAGCUGCAGUCAACUAAUCUGACUAAGUCUUGACAAAAAAGAAACAGGCUGUAAUACUUUGAAAUUGUAAAUUGAAACAUGUAAUUGUUAGCCCACUGACCACAUUGGAGUUUUUCACUAAAUGUAUUUUGUCUGUUUCAGGCCACUUGAGUUGCGUGUCUCAGUUGCUAAGCUAACGGCUCCCACAUCAGAUUCGUACCUUUGUCACAAGACAGUAAACAAGGGAAAAGCCCUCUUUGAUGACAAGUGUGCCUUUUGUCACUUUGAGUCAACUGUAUUCAAGUUUUUCCAUUGCUCAAGCUAAUAGCUCCAGUGAACUAAACCGACACAA